GGCCGCCGCCUCCCCGCCCCGGCCAGCGCGGAGCGGAGGCGGAGUGCCGGCGGCCGGCGCCAUGGUGUUGAACCCGGUGCUGGGGAAGCUGGUCAGCAAGCGGGUGGUGCUGGCCAGCGCCUCGCCGCGCCGGCAGGAGAUCCUCACCAACGUGGGCCUGCGGUUUGAGGUGGUUCCAUCCUGGUUUAAGGAGACACUAGAAAAGUCAUCUUUUAAAGCCCCUUAUGAGUAUGCUGUGGAAACAGCAAAACAGAAAGCUCUUGAAGUAGCAAACAGAAUGCAUGUAAAGCAUAUGAGAACACCUGAUGUUGUCAUAGGAGCAGACACUAUUGUGUCUGUGGAUGAGCAGAUACUGGAGAAACCAGUUGAUAAGCAAGAUGCCUACAGGAUGCUAUCAAGGUUAAAUGGGAAAGAGCACAGUGUUUUCACAGGCGUGGCUAUUAUACACUGCUGCAGUAAAGACAAUCAGCUAGAGAUGGAAAUCACCGAUUUCUAUGAAGAGACUAAAGUAAAAUUUUCUGAGCUGUCUGAAGAGCUCUUAUGGGAGUAUAUUCAUAGUGGGGAGCCAAUGGACAAGGCUGGUGGAUAUGGUAUCCAGGCCCUUGGUGGAAUGUUAGUUGAGUAUGUCCAUGGAGACUUCUUGAAUGUGGUGGGAUUUCCUCUGAAUCACUUCUGCAAAAAGCUAGCAGAAUUGUACUAUCCACCCUCUAAGCAUAAUGUACAACAUAAAAAGUAUGACUCUAUCCCUUCUGUGGACACUUUUGAGAACCUAAGUGAUGGAGAAAGUGAAUCUUCAAAUUUCACAGAGCACAAAGUUGCUAGUAAGUUGGACUGCAGUGGGAUGCAUUCCUCAGGAGCUGCUUACAAUUCUGAUAACACUUCUGCUGUCAGAACUGAUUUUACAGUACCUUUGGAAAAUCAGAAUGGAGUGUCACAGAGUGCAUCAAAACUUCCAUCCAAAAUUCUAAAGCUGAUGGAUGGAUUUAGAGCUUCAAAGGCUUUGUUUGUAGCCUCUAAGCUGAAGAUAUUUGAUCAUCUGAAAGACAAAGGUCCAAUGAAGGCCGUGGAUAUUGCAAAUGAUGUUGGAACCUCUGUAUGUGGAACUGAAAGACUCCUUGAUGCAUGUGCUUCUCUUGGAUUACUGGAGAAAACACCACAAGGUUACAGUAAUACAGACUCAGCAAAUACCUACCUGACCUCAGAUGGUAAAUAUUCACUUCAUGGCUACAUUAUCCAUUCUAAUGAUCACCUUUGGCCUCUCUUCACAAACUUGGAGUUUGCUGUCAAAGAAGGAAGCAGGCAGAAUCAUCGAGCCUUUGGAAAGAAAGCAGGCGAUCUAUUUAAGGACUAUUAUCAGAGCCAGGAGGUAAAGCAACGUUUCAUGGCUGCCAUGCACAGCAUUGCUUACUUGACAGCAAGAGAUGUGGCUACAGCAUUUGAUCUUUCACGGUUUAAAUCUGCUUGUGAUUUAGGAGGAAGUGCCUUACUAGUGGCAGAAACUGUGCUUGAUGAACAGAAGAUGCACCCUUCUGUAGCUGUGCUGCAAUCCCUCAGUAUGACUGAAGGCAAGCAAAGAAGCAGCUCAGAAUAUAAACAGCUACUGGAGAAAUACGGAUUCACAGAUGUACAAAUUAAGAUCACAGGAAACUUAUUAGAUGCUGUUCUGUGCUUCAAGAAGAAUCUGUCACUGUAGUGUGAAAAGAAACAAUCUGGAUGCUGAAUUUUCACCCCUUGUGCAAUAUACCCAUCAUCAACCAGCUUGUAUUGGCAAUUGAGGAUCAUUUUGGCCCUUUGUCUGAAGCAUAGUUGUUACAGUCCUUGGAUAGAAGUUGGAGUGCAGCUUCUGCCAGAGUGAAUUCUCUGCCAGAGUGAAUUCUGUGCAUUUUAACAAGUGUCUGGAGCAGGCUGAAACUCAGGCAUGUGAAAUACCUUAAAUGUCCAGUUCUUCUGCAGACUGUAUUAAGCUUAGACUUGGCAUAACUGUGUAUAGCCAGUCAGGUUAAAAAUGCAAGCUUGUAGUGAGCUACAUUAAUACCUUUGUUCUAUUGGACCUUAAAAUUAAAGAGAAUUCCCCCUCUGCAGAGUAUUCAGUGGUUACUACUCAUUUUUAUCAGAAAUUAAAAAUUAAUAUUGUACCAUCUGCCUGAAUUUGGGGAUGAUAGUCCUCUUUUUCACUGCUGUGUAAGACUUGACUCAUCAAGGUUCCUACACAGCAUUUCAGGUGUACAAAAUCAGGGAAAUGUCAGACUUUACCAUAUUGUGGUUUUUAAUUCUUAGCAGAAGGUUUCUAUUAAUGGAAUUUUGACUGAUCUUAUCUGUACAGACACUUAAAAUAGAUAAGGCCGAAUAUUCAAAUGAAUAAAUUUAAAAUGUUUCUUUUCCAUGUUGACAUGAAGCUUGCUCUUAGCUUAACAGGUUUGUAUGUUGAGAGAGACUCAUUCUGGCAAUCAGAUGUGUCUCAUCGUUACUCAUGAAGUUCAUAAUGCUCUUCCUUAAGCUGCUCUAAGCUGUUUGAGUCAGAAACAAUCAAAUCCUAAAGUUGGCACUCUUGUAACUGUCACAGACUUUAAAACUGUGCCCCUAAGUACUAUGUCUCUGACUGUAAAAUUUGAAUAGAAUGUGUUUGGCUACCACCCAGCCUUCAUUUACUCUGUGAUUAAACACAACACUAAGCAUUAGUCCCUUGGGCAUAGUGUCUGUGGUCAUGUACCACAGCUUUGCACUCUCAGGAUAAUUAAGUGUUGGAGCAGAUGGUCCAGGGAGGUUGUGGAAUCUCUAUCCUUGGAGGCUUCCCUGUGUGAAGCCAGUCCUGAAGAAGCUGAGCUGAUUGCAGAGCUGCCCUGCUCUGAGUAGGAGGCUGAACUAGAGAGCUCUUGUGGUCUGUUUCAGGUUUAGGUGUUCUACAAUCAUGUGAUGCAGCCCAGUCACCUGAGGAAUUAUAAGCUCAUUUUACUAAUAUACAAAUUAAGUUUUUCAGUUGCUCUGAAUAUCUUUUGCUGACUGGUAGAAGGAGUGGAUUUAAUAGUCUUAACACUGAAAAGAUUCUAAGCAAUAUGCAUCACUUAAGGAAAGCUUUCCUGACAUGAAGAAUGAGGAGGGGUUAAGUUUUAAAACUUUUUGAUGAUUAUCGAAUGUCUGAGUUGUACAAGUUAGAAUGGCUCUGAGGAGAUUGUCUUAAAGUGCAGGAAGGUAUGAAUGUUACACUGCACUUCAUAAUAAAAUCACUCUGAACUGCUGCUAUUUUCAUCUGAGGUGGUGUAAGGCCAAAAGGCAAGUAUGUAUCGCAAUGCUUUUGUCAGUAGCCCUCUCUUCGGGUCCCUUACAGGUCUGAAUAUGGAGAAGAAGACUCUGUAAAUCAGAUCAUUUAAGUUCUGCUUUCAUCAUUAGGUCAGUCCCACCACAAAGAAUUUGGGUCCUACAGAAAUAACAUACAGAAUGUAUUGAACAGAAGCAUUGACUUCUCCUUUGCUUCUGUAAUGCUUGCCAUCCACUCUUCUCUGCUUGGCAUAAUUUCAAUAUGAAUGUGAAACAGCAGUAUAUCCCAAAGAAAUGCAACUCUAUUCCUGUCUUACUGUUUUCUAUAGUCCUCAUGCCAAGUCUACAGAAGUCAUCCCUUUUCCUCUGAAAACAGAGACGUGAUUUGACUUGUGAGUGUUUCAUCACUCCAUACUGUGAAAGGGAAUUUCCUGGGGUUUGUGAGAGGAGUGGAUUACACAUUGAUUAGUGGAUUUAAUAGCAGAGCAAAUCCAUAAAUGAUAAAGGAAAUCACCCAGGUCUUGUAGUUUGCACCCCUCUAUAUGACAGCAGAAAUUUUCUUGCCUGAUAAUGGAUUAGAACUGUUGCAUGCAUUUUUUUUUAAAUUAGGCUGUGCAGUUUUGCUGGCUGAAAUGGUGUUGGAUGAUGAAAAGAAGAACAGGAGCACAGCUCUGCUGCAGUCUUUGAACAUGCUUGUGCAGACAGAGGGAAAGGAGAGAAGUGGCUCUGAAUAUCAAGUUUUGCUGGAACAACAUGGAUUCACAAAUAUCAGAAUCAGAAUAACAGGAAAUUUGUUAGAUGCCAUUCUCUGUGUUAAAACCUAGAAAAAAUGUAUUAAGCAGUAGUCUGGAUGCCUUAUACUUAUGUUUGAUGUUUUGUAAUUAUCCAAAUACAAGAAAUGUAACAAGAAAUGUCAGCUUUGUGGUGUUACUUCUCAAAAGGGGGGAAAAUUGAUUACAUUUAUUUUAGACUUCAGUAGAAUGAUGCCAGGAGAUUCUGUGGCUGCACGACAUGUGUAGGACACAAAUGGUGUCAUCAGCCUAAGGGCAGCAUUCACACUGCUGAGAAAUCACUGUUUCUUCAUACUUGGUGCAAGUAGAAUAGUAGAGUUUUUAGACCAGCACACAUUGCUUUGCCCCUGUUACAGGAGGUUAAUGUUGGUAUCAUUUUAAUGCUCCAUCACCAUCCAUUUUAGUAUCUUUUGAUAUUAUACCCUCUACUGUAAAUAAAUAUACUCUAAUCAA